GAGGACAAGUUGCCUGCAAAAUGCCAGGACCCCGGCUGUUGGUGCCAUGUCUCCCUCUAGCCAGUCUAACAAUGUAAAAGAGAGGCCAGCUCCUUCAUUGACUCUGGUGACCAAUAUGAAGACCCAGUUACAUAUGGCAUUGGAAAGGAACUCUUGGCUACAGAAAAGAAUUGAAGAUCUGGAAGAAGAACGAGAUUUCUUGCGCUGCCAGCUAGACAAAUUCAUCUCUUCAGCCCGCCUGGAUGCUGAUGAUCAUUGCUGCAACAAACAACUGCCCCGAAGAUCCGAAAUAUUGGAGAGCCGAAAUGGGAACAUGACGGAUGAUGACAGCAUGAGCUCCUGGAUGGCCACCAGCCCAGAAGAGGGAGGUUCUGUGGAACACAAGAAACUCAAAGCAGGGUUUAACCACCGACGCUUUGCCAAGCCUAAAAUCCGGGAGAGGCAGAGAGUAAGAAGUAAAUGGUCAAAAGGCACCCAGAGAUGUUUAUAUAAGGCAAGUAGAAGAUAAAAUAGUAUUGCCAUCAUAAUCUAAAAAAAUCUAGCACAAAAGGUACAGGAAGAAGAAAAAUAAA